ACCUUCCUAUAAAAAUCCAUAGCGAUAGAGGCAUUCAUCCAGUCUCCGUGUCAUAGUCUAUAAAGCAUAAUGGUCCUCAAAGUAGGAAUUGCUGUGAUAGCCUGUCUAUUUCUUUGGACUAACGAAGGAUCGGCUGACUUGCUGGAAAAGAACUGUGGAACAACAAAGCGUUUGUCGAGGUUCAAGCGGGUGGUUGGAGGACAAGAUGCUGAAAUAUUCUCGAAUCCAUGGAUGGUAAUCCUACUCAAAGACCUAAAAAUGAUCUGUGGUGGUACGCUAAUCACCUCUCGUUUUGUCUUGACGGCAGCAAAUUGCGAUUCCCCCAGUAAGGUGCGCUUGGGCGAAUACGACAGGGAAAGCAGCGAAGAUUGCUCACCGGCCGGUUGUAUACAGAGAAGCUAUGAUGUUGAUAUCGAAAGGUUGAUUUCCCAUUCAUUAUUCGGAAAGAACCUAGGAGAUUUUAAGCAUGACAUAGCUCUGGUAAAAUUGGCUCAAGAAGUUGAAUUUUCAGACUCUGUAAGGCCGAUCUGUCUGCUCGUCAAUGAGCAAGUGGGAAGAACACCUACAUCAUUUAAUGUCACCGGAUGGGGUAAAACAGAUGGGGAUGGAAAUGGCAGUCGGAUCCUACAGACAGCAACUUUAAGCAAUAUUAAUUUGAAGAAGUGCAUCGACUAUUUCGGAAUGGAGGAUCUUGAUGAAUCCCAGAUUUGUGCCGGUAGCUCGACAGCCGAUACAUGUACUGGUGAUUCAGGGGCUCCUUUGACCGCUGAGCUAAUUUAUGGGAAAAUUCCCCGAGUUUUCCAGUUUGGUAUUGCCAGCUUUGGAGCAAUAUCCUGUGAUGGCACCAGCGUUUACACAAAUGUUACGCACUAUAUAAACUGGAUUACGAGUACAAUUGACCAAAAUUAAAAUUAGAAAGAUUUAUUUAAUAAUAAAUUUUACUGAAU